AUGGCUCUGCUCUCCAGCUUCGCCGUUGCACUGCUCACCGUGCUCGUCUUGUACUACUGCGUCGGUGCCAUCCUGGGCUAUCGCCGACUGCGCCAAUUCCCAGGCCCUCCCCUCGCCAGCCUCUCUCGCUUCUGGCUGUUCUGGAAAGAAUGUCGAGGCAGCCUCCCAUCGGCCCAAGUUGCCGCUCUCGCCAAAUAUGGAUCUCCGGCCCGUAUUGGCCAUGACCUGCUUGUGACAGACGAUGCUGAUCUGAUUCGUCACAUGUAUGGGACGACCUCCCGAUGGACGAGAUCGGGUUGGUAUGAUGCAAUGCGAAUGGAUCCACGCCAAGACAACGUCUUUUCGACUCGCAAUGAAAAGGCACACACGGACCUGAGGGCGAAGGAAGCUGGCGGAUACAACGGCCGCGAUAUCAACACGCUCGAGCCUGACAUUGAUGCCCGAAUCAGCGACCUGGUGGAACUGAUCCGGAAAUAUGAGGGCCAAUCAGUCGAUUUCGCCCCCAAAGUCCGCUAUUUCGUGCUCGACACCUUGAGCACCGUGGCCUUUGGGCGCCCCUUUGGAUUCAUGGCUGCUGACAAGGACAAAUGGGACUAUUGCCAGACAUCCGACGAUUUCACCCUCUUCCUGGGCUUGACAGCCAACCACAGCUCCAUCAGAUGGCUGCUCAGUCAGCCGUGGAUACAAGCUCUGGCUGCUCCCAAGACGACUGACCAGACUGGCAUCGGACCCGCGCUUGCCUUUGCCCAUGCCGCAGUAUCAGAGAGGUAUGGACCAGACGCAAAAGUUCGAAAGGACAUGCUCGGGCACUUUGUGAGCAAAGGCCUCUCCCAAGUACAGUGUGAAUGCGAGGCUUUCUUACAGAUUAUGGCGGGCACCGAUUCUACGGCUACAGUACUGAGAUGUGCAAUCUUCUCUCUUGCUGGGAAUCCUAGGGUCUACACCAGAUUGCGAGCGGAGAUCGAUGGUGCUAUACGCGGUACUACAUCAGAGAUCAAAUAUACCGACACGUUGAAGCUGGAGUACUUGAAGGCGGUCAUUUGGGAAGUGAUCCGGCUGUUUCCUCCGCUUUUUGGUCUGAAGGAGAAGCGCGCGCCUCCUGGUGGGGAUGAGUUCAAUGGCGUCUUCUACCCCGAAGGAACCGGUGUGGCGAUAUGUGACGAGGCCGUCAUGAGGAAGAAAGAAAUCUUUGGCGAAGAUGUGCACAUGUUCCGACCCGAGAGAUUACUGGAAGGUGAUCAAGCUCUGCGCCGGCACCGCAUGCAGACCAUCGAGGUCGCCUUUGGCCACGGCAGGUAUCUGUGUCUCGGCAAGCACAUUGCCAUGAUUGAGUUGCACAAGGCCGUUGUUGCGGUACGUUUAGUACACUCCCCUCCUCCUGAUGCCGACCGAGUGUAG